AAUUUUUAAUUCUGUCUAUGUCGCGCUCUAUGUAUGCUUAUAUAUAGACUUUUCUCAUUACGUAUACUUCAAAGUUGCCAUUUUAUCUUUCUGUUAAUUGUUUUCCAAAAAUGGCCGAUAAAAUGUUCAAAGCAUUGUUGUGGGCUUUUGCCACGGCGGUUGUGAUGGCCGAGGCUGUUCGUGGACAACUAGUCCCUUGCUAUUUCGUUUUCGGAGACUCUGUCUUCGACAAUGGUAACAACAAUGAGUUGGAUACCCUGGCCAAAGUCAACUAUUCACCUUACGGUAUUGAUUUUGCUAGAGGUCCUACCGGGAGGUUCAGCAAUGGUCGUAAUAUUCCCGACUUUAUCGCUGAAGAAUUGAGAAUUAGUUAUGACAUUCCACCAUUCACCAGAGCAUCGACGGAACAAGCUCACACCGGAAUAAAUUACGCUUCUGGUGGUGCCGGACUUCUCGAAGAAACUAGCCAACAUUUAGGUGAAAGAAUCAGUUUUGAAAAGCAAAUAACUAAUCACCGGAAGAUGAUUAUGACGGCGGGAGUUCCACCGGAGAAGCUUAAGAAGUGUCUAUAUACAAUUAAUAUUGGAAGCAAUGAUUAUCUCAACAACUAUUUCAUGCCGGCUCCCUACACUACCAAUGAAAAUUUCAGUUUCGAUGAAUAUGCUGAUUUUCUCAUUCAAAGUUAUCGCUCUUAUUUGAAGUCAUUGUACGUCUUAGGAGCAAGGAAGGUAGCGGUCUUUGGGGUGAGUAAGCUUGGGUGCACGCCGCGGAUGAUCGCCUCCCAUGGUGGAGGUAAAGGCUGCGCUACUGAAGUGAACAAAGCUGUCGAACCUUUCAACAAGAAACUUAAAGAUCUCAUCUCUGAAUUCAACAGAAUCAGUGUUGUUGAUCAUGCUAAGUUCACCUUUGUUGAUCUUUUCAGCAGCCAAAAUCCUAUUGAGUAUUUCAUUUUAGGAUUUACGGUAACAGACAAAAGUUGUUGUACGGUAGAAUCAGGGCAAGAACUUUGUGCCGCAAAUAAACCGGUUUGUCCGAAUCGAGAACGGUACGUCUACUGGGACAAUGUCCAUAGCACAGAAGCAGCUAAUAAGGUCGUUGUAAAGGCUGCGUUUGCCGGACUCAUUACGUCUCCUAUAAGCAUUUUACUGCUUGUACUAUAAUAUUGCUAGUAAAGCCUAAAAAGAUAUCAUUCUGCUUCCAAAUACCUUGCAUUAAUUUAGAAUUAGUAUUGCUAAAUUGUAACAACAUGCCAUCAUAUUUCCAUCAUUGAGUUUUGUUAUGGAUUUGGCAAACAACCCAAUCUAAGUCAAAUUCAUUGCAUGCAAGAUCAUACUAAAUGUUGUACUGGAGAAAGCACGAUAUUCUAUAGCAUUUUUUUUUGUUUAAAUGUUAAUUCCAUUGUAGUAAGAACAAUAAUAUAUAGUUUAGAAUCUGUUAUUACAAUUCAAUAAUCACUACAAUAUAAGUAGAAUUCAAAUGAAAGUGCAUAAAUAUUUGUAUACGUCAUGUAUAUAAAAAACAUAUAAGGCCUAGAUAUCUUCAUAAAAGUGUUUCUUGAAGGCCUCCAUGUGAGCCACCUGUAGACACGUCGCGAGAAUCACCGAGCCAUCUUCGUUUUGAUCCGGCAAGAUCAGCGAGUCGCCGUCAAAGUCAUGCGUGCCUGGUCCCGUGUAGAACUCUUUGCCCCAUCCGAAAUCAAGGCCGUACAUUGGCAAAGUUAACCAGCUCACCACUCCAAGAUUUGGGUUUCCGUAGAAUGGACCUUCCGUGCUUCCCAAGGCAUGUAGAUCUUGAAACUUCUUCAGAUCUUUUUGGUUCUUAAGAUACUCUAUCCCAAUCAUCACGUAUUCGUUUGUUACAUUCUUUAUGGCUUUACUGAUUAAACUCGCC